GUCAUACAACAUAAGAUGUCUCACACAGCUUCAAUCCGUGAGCGAACUAAAGCCCAGAAUUCCCUCGUUUGCCUCCUUCAAGCACUGGAAGGGAUGGAGACAACAGUAGAACUGAGGGAUGAGAGUAGCGUUAAAGGCAAAAUAACUGAUGUGGAUGGGUUCAUGGCUAUCUGUAUGUCUGAUGUUGUAUUUACAGACAGACAUGGAAAAGUAAGCAAACUGAGUAAUUUCUCUGUUCAGGGGAGAAAUAUCAGAUUUGUGCAAGUGCCUGAUGAAGUCAAUAUGAUAGAGGCAAUUCAGAAGCAACUUGCCUCUAUGAAAGGUGCAAGAACUAUGGGAAUGCAGUGGAAAAAGAAAAAGGAAACAGUCUCUUGGGAUGACUUGAAAGCUGCCAGAGCUAAGAAAGUGACAAUUGAAAAUCGGGCAAAGUGGUCAGUGGAGACCCAGGAGACCACACAUGCUAGCAUGUCAGAGCUACAAGUAGUCACCCAGACUGGUAGUGUUGAGGUAGAACAGGUUAAAGACUGUACGACAAAUUUACCAAUAACUCAGGUUGGUCAGUCCAUAAAUAAAUCUGACAUUGGGAAUUUCACUGGUUCAACAGAAUUACCAAGUACCUCUGUCACUAAGUGGUUUAGUGAAACCAGUGGAGAAGAUACAUCCAAUGUGGCUAUUGUUAAAGAAAAUUAUACAAAUGAUGUUUCACAAGACUUUGCAAACUUACAGGUUGAUCCUGGAACAGGUGAAUUGAACAAAUCAUAAGCAAAACUCUACAUCAAGUGUGCAAAGACAUGUAUAACGUGUAUGGCUCACUAAGACCCAAUUGACAUUCUUCACCCAAGUCUCAAUGUGAGACAAAGUAUUUGUUUUGAAUGGUGGGUAAAUCUUUAAAUGGCAAAGGCACAUGAAAUGAGAAAAAUGGCAUUGUUGUUGACAUUAUAUCUGCUAAUAUCUUACCCAUGUGAUACUUCAUUGACUCUCACUGUUGGAAAGGUAUGCUGUACUAGUGUUGUAAAUGCAAUUGCUUCCUUAUUUCUGUGUAUUUGAGAUGGUUUGCUGAUUAUCAAGAUAGUUUGAGCACUUGAAAGUGGCAUUUUUGAGUAUAAUUUUCUGCCAGAAGUGUUCUGUAUGCCACUUCAGUUAGACAGGUUUAAGUAUUGUAAAACUCUUAUUCUAUAAUUUCAGAGUUACAUAGUUUAUUACUUUCAUACUUACAAUUAUAAAUGCCAUUAAAAUUUCUGAAAGACUAGAAUAACCAGAGACUUCAUGUUUUCAGUUUUUUUUUUCUUUCUCAUAUUUCUUUACAUUAAGUUCAAAUUUGUAUGGCUUUUACAAUAAGACAUUUGUUUGAAUCUGCACUGCAAACACCCUUGUGUAGUUUUCAGAAAAAGCAAAGUCUUUUUGGUUGCUGGUCAUGAUUACUUUAUCAAUAAGGUUUUCAAUUUGGGCCAUGCACCUUGCAGAUCUGGCUGAGUGUGAUGGCUGUUGCAGUAACUCAUCUGGUAAGCUAGAGCUCAUCUGAAAAUGGCAUUGUUUAAUUUAACAAGGCCAAUUCAGGCUGGGGAAUAUUUACUUUAUCUCACAGCCACACAAUGGUGCUUGCAAUGGGGCACAUUUU